AUGAAAACAUAUGACUUCUUCUUUGGACUAAAUUUGGGUGAAUGGUUGUUUUCCCACACUGACAACUUGUCCAAAACAUUACAGAGUACCAAGAUGUGCGCUGCAAGUGGACAACGGCUUGCCAAUCUUACAAAGGAAGUUCUACAAAAGAUACGGAGUGACGAAAGCUUCAUAUUAUACUACGAAGCAAUUUUAAUAAAAAGCAAAAACAUUCCAUCAAUUUCAGAGCCAACAUUACCAAGGAAAAGACGUGCACCUGCUAGGUUUGAGAUUGGGACUGGGAUGCCAUCAUACCCCACGACAUCUCAAGAUUAUUACAGGCAAAUAUAUUUUGAAUGCAUUGACUUCAUGAUAAAUGCUAUUGAACAGCGGUUUAACCAGCCAAGUUUUAGCGUAUACGAACAGAUGGAAUCUUUCUUGCUCAAAGUUCUAAACGAUCAAGACUACUCCACAGAGUUGCAGUUUCUUGAGGACAACUACAGUGGUGAUUUAGACAUUGGGGCAUUGAAAUCCCAACUUGAAAUUUUUAAAUUGCUCUUAAAGGAUGCUGAUUGUGUUUGUUUUUACGACAUGUUAGUAAAAAUCAGAGAGUUGCCUGAACCAGAAAAGAAGAUGAUAAGUCAUAUUAUUACCAUCUGUAAGCUUAUCCAGGUUAACCCAGCAACAAGCGCGAGUGCCGAAAGAUCGUUUUCCGCCGCUCGAAGGCUAAAAACAUGGCUUCGUUCGACCAUGUCCCAAGAACGGUUGAACAACCUGACGGUGAUAAACGAGCAUAAGGAGAGAACAGACGGACUUUGCCUCGUUGAUAUUGCGAAUGAGUUUUGCGAACGAAACGAAAACAGGAAACGAAAUUUUGGUCGCUUCGUCGAGUCGGACUGUUAUCAACAUUCAAACAUAUGCGCUAUUUGCCAAAAAGAAGCCUUAGGUUAAAUAUGAAGAUUUUGGGGGGUUUUUGAAACAAGCGUAAACGAUAAUUUUUUUAUUCAAGAACAACGUUUCGAAGCCAUCAUAGCCUCAUUUUCAACUUCAUGCAAAUUAAUAAUUUUACAGUUUCGUUCAAUUAAAUGAUGUUUACAAAUAAUUGCAUAUUACGCAAGCUAAUUAGUUUGAAAUAACUCGCUCAAAGGCGCCAAAAUUACAAUACCUGACACGAAUAAACUAACACAUUCACAAAAUAGAAUAUAACAUUGCUGAGUAAUACUAAACAGCUCAGCACGUAUCGAGUCCGACUGCUUGUUCAAUGAUGGUAUAAUGUCUCUGAUAAAGAGCAUUUCAAACAACAAACCCUCAAACUUCCCUCGACACUUCUUCAAAACCGUGAAAGAACUUUCGAUUGUCGCCGCUUCUUCCCCAUAGCUCUCCUUCAUGUGUUGUUCAAUCACCGACCCCUUGUGUUCGUCAAGUGUCGGCAUGUAUGGCGACAUAUAACCUGCGUCACACAGAUCACAUUUGAAUUUAUAAACAACAAAUCAAUUUAUAAACAACAAAUUUUAUCGCUUACGUUUGUUUCAAAAUCAAUAUCAAAAAGUUUGUUUAUAAAGAUUUUUAUUUUUGUUGUGUUAAGUUUUUUAAGGAGGGCUUAAAAUUGUUAAGAUACUCUUAGUUUAUAAAGUAGCCCAGUAAAAGGAUUGCUUAGAAGUUUGUAAAAGGUCUAAAUUUUGUUACUUUUUAUGACGAUGGUCUUGGAGAUUUUUUGCUAAAGUUCCUCCAAAAAUGCAGGAAAUAGCGUUUAAGGUAAUAGAAAAUUGAACAUUUUCCUUGGGGGUUUUAUUGAUGAUUUAGCCCCCCCACUCUCUAAUACGCUCCGCGGGCCCUGCUCGGAAGUUACGCCAGCCAAGAUUCUCGCAAAAGGCAGAGCUUUUGAACUCAGUGAAUCGCAGGUAACCGGCAUUGAAAACGCACUUGACUCAACACACAUUUCUGACGAAGUAGUUGAAGCUGUCCAUCCUACAACGAAACAUAACAACCAUCGUGAUAAACAACAUACAUCGUUUCACCGCCAAGACUUUUACACCUCAUCAGAGUGUCGGAAUUGUGGGGGGCCCUGGCCCCAUAACAACAAUAUUUGUCCCGCGAAAGGAAAAUCUUGUCUGAACUGUGGAAAAUCAAACCAUUUUGCGAAAGUCUGUCGUAGUGCUCGCAAGGCUCGCGUCGGUCAACAAGAGAAUCGAAGGCCUUCAAAAAAAUACCACAAAAACAAAGUUCACAAGAUUUAUGGCAAACCCUCCAGCAGUGAAAGCAGUAGCGAGGAUGAAUUUAUUUUUACUCUGAAACCGACAGGUAGAGACAAAACAACUCCACAGGUUCAAAUCUCGGUCAACACCACCCCUAUCAACAUGGUUAUCGACACUGGUGCUUCCAUCGACAUCAUCGAUGAACUUGCUUUCAACACCUUGCAAAAACAGUGACCCAUAGCCCUUCAACGUUCCAAAACACGUAUUUUUGCAUAUGGAGCUACAAACCAGCUACCUGUUAUGGGACAAUUUCGUGCAACUCUAGAAUGUUUGACUGGUGCAACAACCACGCAAGUUCAUGUUAUCAAAGGAAAUUUUGGUUGUUUGCUAAGCUAUCAAACAGCAUCUGCUUUGGGUCUAAUCAUGCUGAAUGUUAACAAUGUGAAACCGGAACAUGCCACCCAUGAACAACUGAUGAAAGAGUAUGCCCAUCUGUUCAACGGAAUUGGCACUAUUAAAAAUUUUGAAGUUAAAUUGCACAUUGAUGAUACUGUCCCUCCAGUAGCACAAACCCCUCGUCGUAUUCCUUUCCACAUGCGGCAAAAGGUCUCAGAUGCGCUCGACACGUUAGAAAGUGAUGGAGUUAUUGAAAAAGUAUCAGAUGCCUGCAUUCUCUACAGAACUUCGGAGGUCUUCACGAGAAUGCUCAUAGGCUUUGCAAAAGAGUAG